CCGGGUGAAUUCGCAGCUGACGUAAGCAUGGGCCGGCAACGGCAUCUGCCUACUUGGCCCGGUCUACUUAGGCCACACUCGUCCACCCACUCACCCGUCCACACAGUCAAAGUCCCACAAACACACCCACCCACACACACACACAUACACACACACGCAACGAGACAGCCAGUCACACCGACCGAGGAGGUCUUUGGGCCGUCACACGCUGUCGUCAUCGCAGCCCCACAAAUGUCCGAGGCAGGGAGAGCCGGUUAUUUGUUGAGAUGGGGCCUAGUUGUUGAAUUAAAAGCUCUUCUGGCAAAUGUGGCUUUCAUCAUUGCCGCACGGCGGAGGGAGAAAAGCGGGCCACCGACGCAGAGACGGCGUUACGAGGGCUUAACACCAACCAUACAAGAUUAA